CAAGGCAAUGCUGUUGCAACUGCGUCCGUGUCUCGGCCACUUGCGCUGCCAACUUCGCCACGCGUCGGCCGACACAGCUCCUAAACGCAACAACACAUACAGUGUUGGGCUGUCAGCAAAAGUGCUGCCGGGCUGUGCAAGACAGCCCAGACAAGAAGACGGACUAAGUGCUAGAAUUUCGGAGUCGUCCGCGGGUGGUUCCAGAAUUCGGAUGCUCUGGUAAGGCCUUGGCAUUGACUUGCACUGCCCCCAAGCAGAAGCAACUCGACUGCAUGACGGAUGCGGAAGCUGGAACGUCUCCACGCCGCUGCACGCUUGAUAUAAGACUCUAAUCGUGUCUGCCUCGCUCUUCCACUCCCCACAGCGACUCACCACACAGAACCUCUGCUCUCCACACACACAUAAUCGCAGCCGCAAACAUGCAGGUUACCUUACCAUCACCAUCGCGCUCGCGCGCAUCAUCAGGAAGCAAAUCGCCACUUUCCCUCGACCUCUCAGAUCUGCCGCCCCUCGUCGAGCCGUCGCCGCCUUCAAACACCCUGAUCAUCACAAACCUCCUCGCGCCCAAGAUCUUCCAACCCGCCACGCUCACAGAAAUCCGGCAAACUAUCGACGCACAUGCAAAAGUGCACACCUGGGCGCCACUAAAAUCCUUCAAACGCAUCGUGGUCUCCUUCUUCAACACAUCCGACGCCAUCACGAUCCGGCAGACGCUGGACGGCGAGACAUUAAUGGGGUACCGCAUCCGUGUCUACUUCGGGAUCAACACGCCCAUGAACCCGUCUGAUCAGCACUUGCCGCUUCCGAAGAGCGAUAAGCUGUUUUUUAUCAGUCCGCCGCCGAGUCCGCCCAUGGGGUGGGAGAUGCGCGAUGAGGAUGCGCCGAACAAGGUUGUGCAUCCGGAGGAUCUAGCCGAGGCGCUGGCAAAGCUGCAUGCGAGGCCGAAUGAUGUGAAUUCGCCAGUGUCAGACUCGGGCAUCUCUCCCAUUACGAGGCGGCGGACGGGCAGCACGGUGGUCGUGUAUCAUCCAGAGGAUCACGGUGACUCGCCGCAGUUGCCUGCUAUUUCGGUCGAGGACACAACGGAAACUCCGGAGCUGCUUACACCGGACGCGAUGGAAGGCGUCGAGGGCCCGAUCGCGACGGAGAAGGCCAUGGGGCGGAACGUUGGUACUGCAAGGCCGCCGGUGGAGUUUAUGCACUGAGCGAUGGCUCGAAGUUUCUUUAUUGUUUGACUAGGCGUUAAAGGUAGCAUUUGGGCAGGAUGAAGCGUGCAUGCAACGGCGUUGGUGGUACAGGCUUCAAGAGCCUUUUGCUUGUUAGGACGGGCUCUUGAACGGCGUCGUUUUGGAUGCAAGAUCCUUAGUAAUUCACUACAACAUAGCAUUCGUUGUUUCUACAACACUAUUC